CAUAAGCGCGUUAUUUUCGCUCGCUUGCCCGUUUGCUGUCUUCCAAAAGGAAAAAAACAUGGUAGUCCGAUCCCUUUGGCGCUCGCGCCCCAAGCUGGCGGUUGCCGCCACUGCCCUCUGCACGGGAGGUGCCGCAGCUACUAUUGCCACUUCGGACGACCCCGCCACCGCUCUCAAGGUCUGCACCACCGUUCCUCUCCGCCUUGUCCGUGACUCCGUAACUGCCGCCUCCAUCGUCGUCGAUUAUGAAUACUCAUUAUGGGGACUACCAGAAGGAAGUAACGAGAGAGCUAAGGUAAAGCAUGAAGUUCAUUUAAGGUCGGCGCGGAAGCUUCAAGAACUUUGUUUUAGAAAUGGAGGAAUUUAUAUCAAGCUUGGCCAACAUAUUGGGCAAUUGGAGUACCUAGUUCCUCAGGAGUAUGUUCAGACGAUGAGGGAGUCGAUGUUGAAUAGGUGUCCAGUUUCUUCAUAUGAUCAAGUGUGUGAAGUCUUCAAGAAGGAACUCGGAGAGACACCUGAUAAAAUCUUUAAUGAAUUUGAUCCCAGACCAAUAGCAAGUGCUUCCCUUGCACAAGUUCAUGUUGCUCGUACCCAUGAUGGCCAAAAAGUUGCUGUGAAGGUUCAGCACACUCAUAUGACAGAUACUGCUGCUGCAGAUCAAGCUACUGUGGAAUUUAUUGUCAACUCUCUGCAUUGGUUAUUCCCGUCUUUAGAUUACAGAUGGUUGGUGGCUGAAAUUCGAGAAAGUUUACCCAAGGAGCUAGACUUUUUGAUAGAGGCAAAGAACAGCGUGAAAUGUUUGGAAAAUUUCCAGAAGCUGUCUCCUCAUAUUGCAGAUUAUGUAUAUGCACCAGAGGUGCAUUGGUCUUUAAGUACCUCAAAGCUGUUAACAAUGGAAUUCAUGGAUGGUGCGCAAGUGAAUGAUGUGAUUGCCAUUCGAAGACUUGGAAUCCAACCCAAUGAUGUUGCAAGAUUAGUUAGUCAAACUUUUGCUGAGAUGAUGUUUAAACAUGGAUUUGUUCAUUGUGAUCCACAUGCUGCUAAUUUAUUAGUUCGGCCAUUACCUUCUGGAAAAAGUAGCAUAUUUGGCAAGAAAAAACCACAGUUGAUACUUCUGGACCAUGGUCUUUAUAAGGAACUAGACUUCUCUACCAGAUUCAACUAUGCUUCUCUUUGGAGGGCAUUGGUGUUUGCUGAUGCUAAUGGAAUAAAGGAAAAUAGUGUCAAAUUGGGUGCUGGGGAGGAUCUAUAUGUGCUAUUUGCGGGGAUUCUAACCAUGAGGCCCUGGAAUAGGGUCAUUGACCCUGCUGUGGAUCAUUUGGUCAUAAAAGGCACUGACAGUGAUCUUUCAGAAUUACAGAUGUAUGCAUCUCAAUAUUUCCCUCAAAUAUCAGAGCUUCUCAGGAGACUGCCCCGUGUUAUUCUAUUGAUGCUGAAGACAAAUGAUUGCUUAAGAGCAGUUAAUAACUCUCUGUUACAGGGUUCAUCUCUUGAGACAUUUCUGGUCAUUGGGAAGGUUUCUUCUGAAGCAGUUGUUGAGGCAAAGAUGAUGCAGAAGAAAUCCUUAUUACGUUGGUUAAAUAUCUGGUUGGAGGAGGUCAUCCUGGAAGCUCGUCUUUUAGUAAUGCAGAUGGCCCUGUGGCUUUUGCAAGUCAGGAAAGCGUUGACUUGGACAUAAAUACAGUUUCCGAAGUAGUUUCUUCAAUUCUUUACACUUUUAAUAUCAUAUUAGGAUUCAAUAUUUUUUGCCCCCGUUGUUCAGACCACCUCCAUGCAGGUUGUUUGAACUCGGAUUGACAGAUUGAUUCUUUUAUCUCUUCAAAGAUAUGAAAAAAUUUAUUACAUUGUCAUUGUUGUAAAACCCCAUCAACCGGGCGAGUUAUAAACUGUAAGAAACAUCAUUUUCCAGACAAUAAUGGAUCAAUUUCAAUAAAGAGCAGAAGCAGCUGAUUAUCGAUUAA